CAGCCCCGCAUUGGUUCAACCGCCGUCACAUGAUCGGAAGCGCGAAAUGAAGAAGUGAGAUGUUUUUAAAAUUAAACCGAGCCUCGUCAGACACCUGACCGUUUUAUUCACAAACUGAACGAUAAAUAACGUUAUCGUUGUGUUUUACCAUUAGUCGCCACAGUAACAGACUCGCCGUGAUGUGGGAAGCUUAAACCGAAGAGCCAAUACUUUAAAAAAAACAAAACAAAACCGAGCAGCUAGCUGACUACCUGAUAUUCUCUGCAAACUAAACGCGUUUAAAGCUAAUUUCUCAAGAAAUAGUAUCACAGUAGAACUCACGCGUGUGAAAUGAAUGAUAUCGUUUGUGUUUUCGAGUAAGGACUUAAGUUGUACCCCUUGUGGACCCUGAAGCUGACUUGGUCCAUCUUGGACAAGUGAGGACAUGUCGCUUUCGCCUUCCAGUGCGAGGAUAAGUGAACCAUAAUGGAUGACUCGGACCAGGAUUUUGUAGACCUCUGUUCUAAGUUGCUGAAACGAGUCCGCAGGAAACCAGGUGAGAGCAGGCCGCCAAAGAGUGCAGAGCAUCAGCCCUCCACUCAGACAAGUGAAGGCGACAAGAGAAGGAAGAAAAACAAGAAGGAUGGAGACUCUGGCUCAAAGGUCACUGGGACCCAGUCUGUCUUCACCGGAACAGGCCAACAUGCAGCCAGUGGAGAGACAGGAGGUGAUUCAAGAGAUGCUGGCCCUCUGGCUGCGGCCACUUCAUCAACAACAACAGCAGCAGAACCCAGAUUUGAAAGAGGUCUGUCAGCAAAGGACAAAGUUCUCCUCAAAAUGCAGCAGUUCAAGAAAACCAGUCCUCCGAGGAUGACGCACAGAGACACGAGACAACAGAUGAACCUAGACGGUCCACAGCCACAAAGACAAGAUUCUCCAGAACCUUGCAGCUCUGGUCUCCACAUAAACAGUGACGAGGCACUGGCUCUGCGGCUGCAGCAGGAGCUGGACAGGGAGGAAGCACAGGCUGAGAUGGUCGACCUGGAAGAUGGAGGUCUUUUCUUCUGUCAGAUCUGCUACAGAGAUCUGUCUCAUAUGACUCCUGAGGGACGAACACAACAUCUCAACAGGUGUUUAGAUGACAGUGAGAACAGUGGCCUGAUUCCUCCUCCUCCUCUUGUCCCUGACUGUCCCAUCUGUGGUAAGACAUUCAAGUCCCAAAAGAGUCGUUCCACCCACCUGAAGCGCUGCUCCUCGGAGAUGGGCGUACCUCCAGCGGUGCUGCUGCAAGCUUUGCAGAGACAGGCGAAGGAGACUCCAAAUGUCCCCACUGUCAACACAGUUGCACAGACGGCAGGGACGAAAAGGAAAGGCCCCUCGAAGCCAGGCCUCCCAGUGAAGAAGAAGCCCAGGAAAAAGGCUGAUCCUGUGGAUGAAGACACCAUGGUUGCUCUGGCUCUGUCCUCCUCCCUGCUGGAACAGGAGAAGGAGGCACACAGAGAAUUAAACACCAAGCCUGCUGUCUCUCACACUGCAGUGACCACAGCACUGAAGGGGAGGCCAGAUGGAGCAGCUAAAGGACGUGGAAAGAAGAAAAGGGGAGUUGUCCCUCGUCCUCCUCCGAUCCUCCUUGUACAGGAUGCUGAGGUGGCCCUGGUGAGGCUGCAGGAACGCGUUUCUGCUCUCCUCUUACGUAACCGGAUGCCUUCUCCCCCAACGCCGACCCGCUGCCCGAGCAGGCUGUGUGGUUUGAACAGUGUUGCCUCCCUCUGGCAGAAAAGUGCUCUGCUGAACAGCAACUCCACCGCUCUGUCUGAUUUCUACACCACAGACCUCAGAGAGCUCAUUACACCCUGGGAGACGGCAAAGACUAAUGAGGCCUCCUGCAGCGCUGGUAACAAGCCCGAGUCGUCUCUACAACCAGAGAGCGAAGGGACUCCUGUCACAGGGUCCAGGGCCUCCAUCCUGCCAUCUUCCACUCACACAGCAACCUCCACCCCAGAGACAGGGCAGCGCCUAGUGGGCAGCCAGGCCCUACGGGACCUGAUGGAGCUGGCAGAAGACGGCAUGACCCUCACACAGUGCAGAUACCCUGCCUCAGGCCACGCUAAAGACAAACGGAGCAGCACCAGUCAGUCUACAAACCUUCAUCUCAGCGGCUUUGUCCUGGAGGAGGAGGAGGAGGAGGAGGAGAAGGCUGACCUGUGUCUGAGUGACUUCCUGACAAAAACGGCACAAGGAGGAGAUAAAGGAGAUAAAAAACGAGGCAGCCAUCAAUCAGUUGCCGUUUCUAGACUAUCAUCUGACCUGAACAGCAUGGUGAACAACCCUCAGCUCAGCGAUGUGCAGCUCCAGGUUGACAGUGGAGAGGUCUACUUUGCCCAUUCCUUCAUGGUGUAUGCUCGCUGCCCCCUGCUGGCAGAAAUGGUACAUGAAAGUGGUUUUGGGGUGCAGGAGGAAGGAGUGCCUGCAGCUCAGAGGGUGUUGAUGAGUGACGUCCCAGGACAGGCAGUGUUUGCUCUACUGCAGUACCUUUACACAGCUCACUGCUCCAUCCCAUCCUCACUGCGGCCUCAUGUACAAGAGCUGGCAUCCAGAUUUGACUUGCAGGAGCUGCACCAGCUUUGUGAGCUCCACGGAGAGGAGGCGCCACCUCAAGGGGAUAAGGCAGACUACGCAAACCAGGGCGAGGAUGUCAAUGACCAAACAGACCAGGCCUUCAUGGAGCUCCUGCGCUCCAUGUGGAAUGAUGAGGAGGAGGAUGAGGAGGAUGAGGGCACAGAUUCCGAUGGCGGAAAAGAUGAAGAGAGAGUGUUGGAAGAUAAUCGUCAAACCGGUGAUGUUACAUCUGGCGAGAGAGAGUUGUGUGAGGAACAAGUGAACGAGGAGGAGUUGGAGGAGAUCUACAACUUUGCCGCCACUCAGAGAAAGAGGGUAGAGGAGAACGACAGCAUAGAGGAGGAGGAAGAGAAAAAGUUAGCUGAUGAGGAAGACUCCUUCACAAAACUGACAGAAUCUCAAAGAGGCAUCAGUAAGACACCCCUAUAUCCAAACUCAAAACUUGAGUCACAUCCCAGCCAGGAUUCCAGCUACAACCGCGUCUUCUCAGAGUCUUUUGGAGUCUAUGAGGAAGAGAACAUUUCACCUGGUCCAUCAAAAACACAGACCUCUCAACCCCAGAAACAACUGUCCUCCUGUAAACCUUUAGGUGAACUCCCUGUCAGAACGUUGCUUCAGUUCUCACCAAGCAUUGUCGAUGACUUUUCACCCAGCCCUCCUCCCAGUACAUCCAACCUGCCUGUGGCAGGUGUGUCUCCUGCUCAAGUGGGGGACUAUGGUGGUGGUGGUGGUGGUGAAACAGAUGCUGUUGAAGUGGAUGUGCCUAAAGAAUGUCGGUCAUUGAAACGAGAAAGCCGAGGCUCGUGUGGCAUUUGUGUUCCCGCUUCUCCUGAUUCAGGCCUGAAAAAGAAGGAACCUGAGCUCAUAGUUCUGUCUGACUCCAGUGAUGAGAUGGAGGUGGAUGUUGCUGUUCUUAGUUCCCAUAGUCCACAUUCUUCUUGUGCUAAGCUGCAGACAUUCACCCAGAUCAGACCUCAGUCAAUAUCAAAACCUAGUGAAACCAUCAUGGAGAAUAAAGUGUCCAGUAGUAUAGAGCUUAGUUCUAAUGAUCCUCCUGAUGGUCGUCCAGGUUUAGGUUGUGAUCAGAGUCCAGUCGACUGUUCUCUAGAAGUGUCUUGGCUGAUCCCGUCCACACCAGUGCAUCCUGGAAGAUGCACCAAGAGCAGCUCCACUCAGACCAAAAGCAGCACAUGCAGGACACAGCUGUUCCCUAAAGGCGGCAUUUCCUCGCCCUCCUCAGUUUUUUCCUCUCCCGCUCUACCAUCUCAUUACAGUCUUCACAACUCAAGCAGUGGAACCCGAGUUUCCAGCAAAACUGGCCCAACAGAGGGCAGCAUUCCUAGGCUGAACCUGGAAGAAACCGUUCCCUGUAGCUCUGGUUUGGAUCCCAACCUUUCUUCUAAAAGUGCCAGCGGCUUUGGCGUAAAUAAGAACAGAGAAAUGUCUUCAAUGCCUCAACAUCAACAUAAGCCUCAUCCCCUCAGUGCUUCCUUAAAGCAGGAUACACCGCAGCACGCCCAGCCACAGCCCUACAGCAGCACUCCCCUGCAUACAGAGCUCCAACAGCCCCCUGUCCUUCCUGGCACCUCUCCACUCACCAGUAGCCUUGAUAAACAGAGGAUGAUCAGUCAGGGAAGGGACAGAGCUUCAUCGGAAAGCCUAGAAAAGACAGAGUUAGGGAGCUUUCAUCUCUCCCCCUUAUCCAACCCUUCAGAUCCACCCUCUCCUUUGUCUUACAACAAAGGUCUUCAUUGUCCACAGAAACACAACAAUUCCUCGAGUGACAGCCGAUGCCCAGAAGAGUCGAGCAGUCGAACAAACACAGGGGCUGAGCUCAAAAGGAGAGGAGGAGAUGAGGAGGGAAAAGGUGAGAGAGAGUGUAAAAAUAGAGACACGCAUGAUGAGAGUGAAGGAGGUGGAGAACCAGGUGUUGUGGAGUCCAGUUUCCAGCAGAGCUUCAUGGACGAACCUCCCAUAGCUUUCAACGACUCUUGGGGCCUCGACGCCUACGCAGGAGCCGACCCCGGCUGCUUCAGCCUGAGACUGGAGGACAGUGGGGGGUCCAGUCAGCAGGAGCACAGCCUCGGACGAGGAGAAGCGGCCAAAUCGUCAUCCUCCGACUGUCAGCCUGCACCAUCUUUUCACCAUAUCCAAUCGGGGAAGAGCUGCAGCAGUGUGGUUCAGUCCUCUGCAUCUAAAAGCCACUGCGCACAACCACCAGCCAGCGUACAGGCUCAAAGGAAACCCUCCCUCACCCCAUCACCACCAGAGAUAAACAACAGCCUCAUGGACCCCAAAAUAUGGGACAGCUGGGAGGAGGAAGAUGAGGAGGUUCUCCCUCUCAAUCAGAGGGUGAAUCCCUCAGCUCAAUUCAGAACCCCAGCAGCGUCGCACAAUAAAAAGCGUCGCUCCGUGGUGCCCAUCACUCCCAUGCCUCACUACUCUGACAUGGACACGCCAGAGCUCAAGAACAAACUCAACAGCUUUGGUGUUCGGCCUUUACCAAAGCGCCAGAUGGUCCUCAAACUGAGGGAGAUCCACCAGUACACCCAUCAGGUGGUCAGCUCGGACUCUGACGGUGAGGCACCCUCAGCAAGACGCACUCUUCAAGUAAAGCCCCCUCCUAAAACCAGUUCAGCAGCCACUGGCAGCAAAUCAGGCUCCUGUAGCCAGACUGUGACGUUCAAGGAGCCCAGAGCACCUGCUGCUGUUUCCCCUCUGAAACACAGAGGAGAGGAGGAGGAGAAAGAGGGAGAGCCGCUGUCUGCAUCGCAGGGCUCCAACACUUCUUCAACAGCUGCCAGUGAAGAAUCUGAAAGGUCCAACCCAGAGUUUUGUCCCUCUACCGAUGGCGACUCAGACAGCGAUGGUGGCAUUUCUGCCUCCCAGGCUGCGACCCGCCACCAGGAUCGCCUCCAGGCAGUGCGCGCCUUCAUCCUGUCAGACUCCACGCUCUACAGUCAGAUCCUCCAGUACCAGCCUCUAGUUCUCUCUCAGCUCCAAGGGCGACUCAAGGCGGCCGGGAUCCGCCUGGGUGCCGCCAAGCUGGUCGAUUACCUGGACUCCCAGUGCAUCACCUUCACCACAGCCAAGCCAGGUCACUCCGCUCCCAGCCGCAGGAGAGGCAAAAGGACAAAGGCAACGGUUGUAAGAGGAGCAAACGGCAAAAAAGCUGUCUCAGUUCCACUUUAAAAAAACACUGUGGCUGCAGGUAACGGUGGUUUUUAGUUCAGUGUUAAGAACAUUUCAUCUUAAAAUGAUUUUCAAAUUAAAUUAUGAAGAGUUUUAAAAGGACCGCGUGGCUGUUGGCACACGGAACGGUUUUACUACUUUGUUUAAAACUAUGAAAACACAGGAAAGGUUUUAUGUCAAGUAUUGUUUUAAAAGUUUAACUGAAAAUAAAAAAAAAUGGAAAAAGAAAAAAUUUGCUCCGUCAUCUCCAACUGUUAACACACUAUCUGUUAAUCUGGUACAAA